AUGGAUGCAUUUGUAUUAGCACUUCGAAGACUCCAAAAUCAUCUCAGCAGUCAGGACCAAUGGGUCAAUCAGCUGAGUACAAGAUUUAGCACCGGCACUUCUAUUCUCAACUCUAAAUUCUUGCUCGAGACUUUUGGACACAGAGUCGAGUCUGUUGAGAACGAUACCAUUGAUGCUGCUCAGAUACGGUUAGUUGUGGAGUCACAGAUUUCUAUGGGCAAGUGCGUUGCUGUUCUGGCGUAUUCAUAUGGACAACCUGUUGCUAAUGCUACCACCAAGGGGCUGUCUAGAAAAUGA